AUGUUCGAGGACGUUGACCACGCGGACCUGCUCGACGACGCCGGUGGCAAGCGUGGGCGGCAGAGCGGCGCCGGCGCGGAUGGUGCGAUGGAGCCGCGGCGGAUCAUCCAGCACGUGGCAAAGGAGGACGGCGGCGGUAACGACCCGCAUGGCCCGACCGAGGUUGCGCGGCGGAAUGCACGCGCCUCCGAGCAGGUGCUUGCGCGCGCGGAGCGCGCCAAGAAGUUUGGCGUCGAAAAGGCGGCAAAUCCGCUGAACGCCAGAGCGUCGGCGGCGGGCGGUGUGGGCAAGACGGAGGCGGGGCUGUGGGAGAAGCGGCGCGACGCGGAGGCCGUAAUUCCUGCACCCUCUGGCCCGGGCUCCGUCUUUUGUGUUCAGCUGCAUUCCCAGCCGUCGCCCCAGCCGCCGCCCCAUCCUCCGCCGCCUCCUCCCGCGCUGCCUGCCGCGGAUCCUUCCGUGGCGUGGCGUCCUCGCCGAACAGGAGCCGGUCUCGGAUCCGCCGCCCAACCGGCGGCCACCUCCUCGGCUCAUCUCUGCUGGGGCGCACAGCUGGCCGGCACCGAGCGCUGUCCAAUGGUGACGCCAAAGUCGCCCGCCUUUCGCGACCGCUUCUGCGCCGCGUGCCGGGAGGGGCCCAUCAUCGUGCCCUGCUCCCGCAUCCGCGUCUUGGACGGCUCGCUGCCUGCUCCGAGCAACUCGCGCGCCGAGGGCAUGUGGAAUGCCCAAAAGACAAAGCCGCCGUUCUGGCCCGCGCAUCGCGUCGUCAACCAGACGGCGGACACCUUUGGCCUCAGGCUCAUCAUCCUGCGCGACGAGACGUCGGACCCGCUCCACGGCCUCGCCCCGCUUCCCGCCGAAUUUGGCUCCGCGAUUGCGUUUCUCGUCCGGAGGACACUCACCCCCGUCCCGAUGCCUGGCAUGCCCACGCAGCUCGUCCAAGCGCUGCGGGGCACGGGCCAGGGUGGCACGCUCGCACGCAGCGCCGCCCCUUCGAGAUUGCUGCUGCGCGCCGGCUCGAGUGGGGACGGGUCCACCGUCGCGCUGGUGCCACCCUGCCUGCCGCCCCUGGAGGAGGCGCUCGUCCUGCCGCUUGGUCCUGCACCAGCCGCUGCCGCCGCCGCGUCUGCCCAGCCGCUGAGAUGGCGCUUUGGUGAGCUGGUGGACGCGGUGGCUGCCGACGCAAGUGCCGCGGAGCUGAUGCAGCUGCUGGUGCCAGCGGCACUGGAGAGCUCUCGCUCCCUUCCUCGCCGCCACGCCGACUGGCGGCUCGUCGCGGGCGGCCAGGUGAUCGGCUAG